GCUCCGCCUGAGGGAAAUGGAGUCGGCGGGAAGCCGAGGCUCCCUGCGUGAGGGCAGAGGCUGGAGAGGGGGCGAGCUGGCGAGCGAGGCCUUUGCCGAGCGGAGGCGCCCGAGCGACUGCCCUUCGCGCCCGCACUCGCGUUAAGCUGCCGUUCACACGUUCUUUCGGAUCCCGACCCGUGUUUAUUCUCGAGCAUGCGCUGUCCCUCCGCUUUCCGCGCGUUUGGGCUAAAUAAGCCUCGGCCCGGGGGAGCUGACUGUGAGCAGGGAGGCCUGCCCUUCCUGCCCGUUGCGGAUGCAUUUUGAGGCAGGGUUGCUCCUGCCGAGAAGGAAGCGCCUCGCUGGACGGCCCCGUCGUGGCCUUGGGGCCCGCCGGUGCGCCUGUUGCUUGGGAACCCGGGCUCGUUAAACACACCCACCCACACCCACUCCAGGGAACGUUGGGUUGUGCGUAAGCGUGCGUGUAGUCGGGGGGGGGGCGCUUACUCGGGAGUAAGACUGCAGUCCUGGGGAGUGAGCCCCAUUGAAGGCUCUGUUUUUGAGUAGACAUGCGGUUGGGAUCGGGCUGCUCAAAACUUUCCAACGUGCGCUCUCGUCCUUUGGUCUCCCCUGGAGCAAGCGGGCUUCCCGUUGUGUGACAAAAAAUCCUCCCUCGCACCUUUUUGAGUAGUGGAUUCAUACACUCCCGAGGGCAAAUGAGUGGCUGUUGGGGGGGGGGAAUGGCCGACGAAACAUAACUUAUAGUCGCCUUGGAGUUGCAUUUCUUGGACAUCCCCCCUGGUUCUGUCUCUUAGGAUGAAUUUGCCUCUGUUCCAUGGGGCAAAUGGUGUUGAUACAGUCAGUGCUUUUUGUCCCUUGGGAGUACGCAUACCCCUAAGCAUUUUGUGAAUCUGAGUUUGUCCUUGUUGAGUAUUUCAAUAUGAGUAGAAAAAUUAAGAGUACCACUAAACAUUUUUUAAAAUAAAAAACACUGUAUACAGUGACUGCUGCAUAAGAAGAGUAGCCUUCCUCUUCCCAUUGAGCCCUGCCAGAUGCCACCGCUCCCUGAAGUGGUAGGCUUCGAGGUGUAAAAGCAUGUAAAGUUACUGUUGGAUCUUUCCUGUAAUUUUGUAGAAAUCUUUCAUUCUGAAGUGACAUGUUUGUUUCACUCAAUUUGAUCGCUAUGAUGAAACAGCGAACAGUGAUGUUUUAAACCUGAUGUAUGCAUCUGGAGUAAGGCCAGUGUUUGCUCUGUAUACUUUAAAACAUUAAAAUAAAGUUCUUAAUCUGAAUUGAAGCUGAUGACUGUUUUUAUUAAGGAUAACAGGAAAGCAAAGCAGCGAAUCUAUUCAAGCCUGAUGGAUAAUUUCUGAUGAGUUAUAACUAGGACAGUUGUAGCUUAGGGAAUACUGUAGUUGUAAUGAAUUCCAUCUGUUGGCACCAUCUUUUAAGACACUGCCAAAACGAGAAACAUUUAUCACCUAAAAAAAACUUUUAAAAUGUGUGCUGAUUGUAGCACUUAAGCAACACCAGCCUUAUAUUUAAGUGCCUGCCUGGUCGCCAUAGGAGACAAAGAACUGCAUGCAGGUGAGUGCAUGGAAUUGCACCCAAGUGAAUGUGUGGGCUGGCAGAGGCGGCAAAGGAAAUAUUCCUCUGUGCCCAGCACAGAAAGCAAGUGAGCUUCCAGAAGAGAAAAGUCCGCUCCUCCACUCCUAGCAUAAAAAUGCAGCAGGUUGCUGGAGACAUGGAGCACCCCAUUUCUUUUCUGCCAGCCCCCAACCAGAACCUUGCUUGCAGGUUUGUAGCUUUUGUGCCCUUCCUUACAAGGCCAAAGUAACAUGGCUGUGGUUGAUGAAAACAAAAACUAUUCUCAAAAUAAUUGUUCUAUUGCCACAGGUAAACCAUAUGUUAAACAAGCAAAUAAACAAAAAACCAUAGUUGGGAUCCAGACAACUUGGCAUACAUACAAACAGGCCUAGGUUUAACUCCUAGCAUUAGCAAUUAAAAGUGUUUCAGGUAGCUUUGCUUAGGUGAGCUAUGCUCUUGCAGGAGAUGCAGAAAUAGGCUGAAGGGCUAACGGUCCAUGCAAGUUCAUUCCCAUUUAUUUUGGGGAUGGAAAAAUCCUUGCUUUUUGAAGGAACAAGGCAACGGAUUCCAUAUGCUUUUUAGAAUUCCAGGCACAUGUUUGGGGAAAGUGCUGUAUAUCAUGAGUUUGGACUCCCCCCUCCCUCCAAAUUCAAAUACAGUACCAGUACUACAUUUUUACAAUUUCCCCAUUAUAUUCUUGUUCCUUGUCUGUGAUAAAAUCCAGUUCCACAGCUUAAGGAAUCAGGCAUAUAGGCUGUGGCUAUUUGAAAGCUGAUUUGAAUGGCUACAGGUUUGUUAUAACUGCACUCACCCAAACAGGGAAAUAAGUAGUUUCUUAUAAGCUCUUGAUGUUACGCUCCUAGUUUUAUUAUUUUAAAUGAGAUAAAAGGUUCUGUUUCAAAUACAGUGGAACUUCGGUUUACACCUACCUCCGUUUAUGAACGCCUCCGUUUAUGAACGCCGCGGACCCGGAAGUGUUUACAUCCGAGUUCCGCAGCGCUGGAUGCGAAGCUCACGCAUGCACAGAAGCGAUCUGCGCAGCCCGUGCGUGCGCAGAAGUGCUCUAUUGGUGCUUCACGCACACGCAGAAGCGUGCCUUCGGGGAGCGAAUGCCUCCGUGGAACGGAUUACGUUCGUAAACCGAGGUUCCACUGUACUCUCUUAGCGACAGGCAGCACUGACUUCCUAUUGUCAAAUUUAGCUUAUGAAUUCUUUCACAUGGGGGAAUACAUCCUUUUAUUAUGCACAAAUUACAGGCAAGAACUCUGUAGACUGCCUUGUAAGAAGUGCAUAGACAGCAUUUAAGUACAUAAGAGAAGUCUGUUCGCUUCUAGUUCUGUGUAGUCUGCUCAGAAGAAUGUAAGCUAAAGGCUCCUUUUGAACUCGUAAGAGCUGUAGAUACUAAAAGUUGACAUAAAUUAAUAUACAAAUUAAAGGGAGGGACCAUAUUCUGUGUCAAGUCUAAAAAAACUGUUGAAUAAAAUAAAAUUGCUAAUACAAUUCCAUAGACAAAACUGCCAAAAUCAUGUACAUUUAAAAUGUCAGUCAUGGAAGUGAAGAAUCUUGUCAGUUGCUAUGGUGUUAAUAUUGUACAGUAAUAUGGUAUGAUACUGUUAUAACAUAAUUUGGCAUGGUGGUAGUUCUCCACUAGAUGGCCCCAAAACAUUUCUUUUGAUUACAGUAUCUGUAAAAAAGACUAAUUCUAAUAAAGUCAAUUAGAAUUUAGUCCCUGAUUAUUCACUAGCAAAAUCAGAUAUUGGCUAUUGACUACUGUUAGAAGAGGGAUCAGGGUUAAGGAUUAUUAGGAUUUCCAGUCUGCUUCCCCUCUGUUGAUGUAGGUCACAAUUUAAGAGGAAAUGCAUGCAUACAACAACAGCAAAUAUAUACACAAAAAACAUGCCAACCUCUCUACUGCAUUUACAGCUGCUACCCUGGUUAUCUAAAUCCAGAUCUCAAAGUUAUCUCAGGCUGUUUUGAAAGAGAUGCAGGGAAGUCUGCAAGGGAAUGAGGUUUCAUGGAACGCAAUGGUGAUUGCCCUAGGAUCAAGGACAGGAGCCUAAAGUACGUAGGGCUGAAAACAUUCAUGACUUUGCAAAUAAAUUCACCUUUGUGCUGGGAUUAUUAUAGUGGCUAAUGUAGAUGUUGGAGGGCCACUGUAACAUGCUCCAUCACUACAUUUUGUUUCAGCUUAAACUGCCAGACAGUUUUCAAGCACAGUUUCACUAACUGUGGCCUAGCUUUGAGGUAUUAAGUAAUUUACGACAGCCAAUUGAUCGGAAUUGGAAAGAAAAGGCCUCAAGCCUUUGCACCCAUUAGAAUAAUAAGUUAUGAUGGCCAUCAUUAUUUAAUCUUCCAUACAGACGUUUCAAGGUGAUGUACAAAAUUCAGUAAAAUUGGUGCUAGGCACUCCUUGUCACUGCAGCUGUUUCAAGAUUCAGGAACCAGACCGGCACAAGACAUUGUUCCACUUGAAAUGGCCAGCCACCUCCCACCUCGCCUUUUGAAAUUAUGUUGAUGCUUUGUUAGCAACAGCAGUGGCAAUCAGAGGCUUUUGGGGCCCUGAAGAAGCCUCACCAGCUGCUUUUUUUUUUUUGCAGCAGUUGGCUAUGGAGACAUAGCAGUGGUGAUGAUGGUAGCAGGUGGCCCUAAAAGCAGUAGCUUGGGUGGGUGCACAUGGCUCAUGGUGAGCGCAGUUAAGGAGCAUCCCAAGCUUCUAUGAACCUUAAUGAUGAGGUGCCUCUGAAUGAUCAGGAGCAAUGGAAGUUCCUAAAUACUUAGGUGGAUUCAGUUGCUUCAAUUGGCCUUGCUGUUGUUUCAUUUUGUGCCUGAUUGUAGCUGGACGGUAGCUUGAAUUUGAUGGGAAGGAGAAACAAACGUUGAGUGCUCUCGGCAUAAUGAUAGUUUUGUCAGUGAUUAGUGGAAGUUGGUAUUGCAUUAGGAGAUUCCCCCCCCCCUGUUCUUUAUGACAGUGUGUAACCUUCAUUCAUUCAUUUUAUUUGUAUGCCGCUUUUCCACAAAAAAUCCUGCUCAAAGCAGCUUACAACAGGAAUACAUUUCAAACAAACACUACAAAAACAAUUUCAUAAUAACAUAGCCAAACAAUAGCAAAUAUAAUAACAUACCAAAAACCACACUUCAGUAUUAUAAAUAUAACAAGAUUACUUAAAGAUGCAGCAUCCAGUAGCAAAAAUAACAAGAGAGCUUCGCCGUUUCACCUUAGUCCUAGAAACACCCCUCCCAUGAUUUUGCUCACAGUUAGUUACAGGUACUUACAUUUAAUCUGCAUAUUAGAGAGUUUGAAGUAGGCAUGCUAUUGUUGUUUUUAUAGCAUUUAUGAAGCCAAAUACAAUGCAUAUUUACUUGAAAAUAAAUAUGCUUUUAGUUGGACUUUGUCCUAAGUAAGUUUAGGAUUUCUUUGAUAUUCUUUGUUAAUUUUAUCCCUUUGGAUCUGAUCAGUUUUGUUUUAAAUCAUAUUUUCAUUCUAAGCUGCUAUAUAUGUUUUUUUAUAUAUAAAAGUAUAUUAAAUGUUUUAAACAUUUAAAAACUCUUUUUCCAAAAAAACCACCCCAAAACCACUCAAAGCAAUUUAGAGUAAAAAUAUAUUAAAAACCCAACAAAGGGAUAAAAAUCACGAUUAGAAUCAACACCUCCCAAAAUACCGUAAUUAAAAGCCACCAUCCACUCACCACUAAACCUGGGUAGAGAGGACGACCCCCUUUCUUCUAUAACUAAAGUGUUCCAAGACUGCAGCGAUAAAGGCCCUGCUCCUAGGUGUCAUUUUUCUAAUCUGACCUCAGUAAGGUACAACAGGGCAUGCAAAGCAAGGCCUGGUAUCAUGGCUGCAACUGCUGCAUAGGCCAGUCAAGGGAGAUAUGGCCCCUUAGAUAUGCGUGCCCUAGGCUGUUAAGGGCUUUAAACAUCAAGACAAGCGCUUUAAACAGCUUCCAAAUAUUCCAGAAUAUAAAGCCAUGGUUUAAUGUUGGCUUCCGGAUCCUGGCUUGUGAAAAGGCAUUAACCGUAGUUCUCAGUUUAGACAUAAGUGGAAGCUAGAGUGAACUGCAGCUUCCUAGCUUCUUUGCUUGGCUCUUGCAAAGGGUGGGGUGGGGGCAAGGGGCUUCAUGGUAAUGCAUGAAGCUUGUCUCAGCUUGAGACAGGAUUUGUUUGUGCCCACACAGCCAUUAUCUAUUAAGCCUGCAUCUCUGUUUUCAAGAAUUUUACGAUGAAGCUUGAUACAUGCCGCAUUUUUAUAUAUAUGCCCAUUUAUUUCAUAACUGGCAUGUUAUGAAUGAACCUUAAUUCUUUUUCACCUGAAAUCUUUCACUAGAUGUCCCUGGUAGAUUUGGGAAAGAAGCUUUUAGAAGCUGCACGAGCAGGACAAGAUGACGAAGUUCGCAUUUUGAUGGCCAAUGGUGCACCUUUUACUACAGACUGGUUGGGAACAUCUCCUCUUCAUCUAGCAGCACAAUAUGGGCACUAUUCCACCACUGAAGUGUUGCUUCGAGCUGGUGUAAGUCGGGAUGCCAGGACCAAAGUGGACAGAACUCCAUUACAUAUGGCAGCUUCUGAAGGCCAUGCAAGCAUAGUAGAAGUGUUACUUAAGCAUGGCGCUGACGUAAAUGCAAAGGACAUGCUGAAGAUGACUGCUCUUCAUUGGGCUACAGAACACAACCACCAAGAAGUAGUGGAACUCUUAGUAAAAUAUGGAGCAGACGUCCAUACGCAAAGUAAAUUUUGCAAAACGGCAUUUGACAUCGCUGUGGACAAUGGGUUUGAAGACCUGGCAGAAAUAUUACAGAUUGCAAUGCAGAACCAAAUCAACACAAACCCAGAAAGUCCCGACACGGUGACGAUACAUGCAGCAACGCCUCAGUUCAUCAUUGGACCUGGCGGGGUAGUGAACCUAACAGAUGAUACAGGAGUGUCUGCUGUCCAGUUCGGUAAUUCCUCAACUUCAGUACUAGCAACUUUGGCUGCCUUAGCAGAAGCUUCAGCUCCAUUGUCCAACUCUUCAGAAACGCCAGUUGUGGCUACAGAAGAAGUAGUGACUGCAGAAUCUGUGGAUGGUGCAAUUCAGCAAGUUGUCAGUUCCGGAGGUCAACAGGUUAUUACCAUAGUGACUGAUGGGAUUCAGCUUGGAAACCUCCAUUCCAUUCCAACUAGUGGAAUGGGUCAGCCCAUUAUUGUGACCAUGCCAGAUGGGCAACAAGUCCUUACAGUACCAGCAACUGACAUUGCUGAAGAAACGGUGAUCAGUGAAGAGCCUCCAGUCAAGAGACAGUGUAUUGAGAUAGUCGAAAAUCGGGUGGAGUCUGCAGAAAUAGAAGAGGAACUUCUAAGCAAGAACAAAUGGGCAGAAUUGUUGGAGAGCAAGAGACCCCUGAGCAAUCAGAAGAAUAGACUGACCAACAGUUACCAGGAAAGAGAAACUUUACAGAAGCAGCUGGAUGAGGCAAAUCGAGAAGCGCAGAAGUACCGCCAGCAGCUUCUGAAGAAAGAGCAGGAGGCAGAAGCCUAUAGGCAGAAGUUGGAGGCAAUGACCCGCCUCCAGACUAACAAAGAAGCUGUCUGAAUGGUUGCAGUGAGCAUUCUGUAAAGCCAGUUUUAGAAAACAACAGUACAAUCUGGACCUGUGUGUCGCAUCAGCCACAGCCCCGGGAUUAUAUGCUAGAGAAGAUGCUACAGGUUUGAAACUGGACUUAAGCCAUGAGUUCUGGUGAAUUUCUUGUAUAAUAAGUAAACUCAGAAUUUAGACAUUUUGUGCAAAAAAGAAAAAAAUAUUUAAAAAGAAAUACUGUAAAUAGUUGUUUUUUUACAGUUCCAAAAUUAGUUGCUGAAUCUUUUUGAAGGGAUCCACAAACAUGCAAAGGCAAUGUUUUUGAGACCUUUUUGAUUUUAGUACAAGACUGCUGAAAUACAGAACAGUUUUAAGGGUGAUAACUUGAACUGAUUAUUUGAACUGAUGGUGUGAAAAUGAAAAUGAAUUAUGUGAUGGCACCAAUCCCGAAGGCUAGCAACUUAGACUUCUGAGUUCAUACAUCUCAUGGAAAUCCUUUGUACAGCUUUAAGUAGUUGUCCAGGGUCUCUGAACCCUGCCCCUCCCUUUUUUAUUUAGAAAAAGUGUAAUUUUUUAUAUUUAAUUACUGUUAUAUUCAAGUAGAUUGACAUGUAUAUGAAGCUGAUAUUUUUUUAAACUUUUCAGUUUGUACAUAUGCUGCAUGUUUAUAUCUAUAUCUAUAUAUCUAUAUAUAGGUAUAUAGAUAAUUUCUACAUACAACUUACAGAAGUAUUUUUCAGGAAAGAAGAGCGAAAAUUAUGAGAAAAAAAUGUCUAAUCUAUAGGUCAUGGGUGGGGAGAGAGAAGCAAGCUGGUGGUUUGUUGUUGUUUUAUGCGAGUCCCAUUUCUUGAUGAAAUGUAACUUGAGAGAGGAGAAAGAAAACCAAGACAGGUUUGUAUGUAAACCAGCCUUCACGCCAACCUGGUGCCUUUGGAUUGUUUUUGGAGCACAACUCCUAUCACUGCCAGCCAGCUUGACUGUGCUACUUGGGGCUGAUGGGAGUUGUAGUUCAAAAACAUAUUGAGGUCACCAGGUUGGCGCGGAGGCUGAUGUAAUAUAUGGAUUAUUUGAAAAUUUUUCUACACGGAGCAUGAAAUCACAUUUCUAGCGUGUCUAGCAAAUCUGGGCCACAAAUCCACAGGUGGAGACCAAGUUGCAAAGCAGUCCAAGUUGCAAAGCAGUCUCCUCCUAUGCUGCCACCUUAAUUUUGCAGGCUCUUAACUUUGCAGGCUCUUCACUUCCAAGCAUUACAAAGAAGGUGGCUGCGAUUGUUCUUUGCAAUGGGUGGAGAGGGGUUGCAGAGUCCACUUUAAAGAAUCUAUGGGUGAAUGACACAGAGCUGUACAUUAUAACAUGAUUCUUAUCGACCAAAAGCAAACGCGAAUGGGCUGAGCUCAUUGAAAACAUUUGACGAUAUCUAUGCAUGCAGGUGUCUCUACAGCAAAAGGUGGUAUCGCAUGAGCUGUACAAAUUUCCGAAGAGGGUGGUGUUAUUUGACAGGAAAGAGUCCAGAUUUACAACGGCAUAUAGCAAUUCACUUAUUUGUGUGUAACACGGGCACAGAAGGAACUUGGCUCAAGGUGAACUCGAGCUAUUCCCUAUCUGGUGCAGCAGGAGCAGAGAGGUUGCACAGUGGAGGAGAAAAGGUUAAACUGGAACCAUAGAGAGAGUUGCUGCCCACACUGCAACCUCUCCUCGCUCCGCUCUAGUCUUUCAGGACCGUGACUUUCUUGUAAUAACAGUAUAAAGAAAUAUAGGAACGCUGGGUGCAACAGCCGGGCUCUUCUCCUCUGCAAGUCCCUUCAAAUUAACACAAGAAUACAGAAGACGGAACUCUUAAGCAGCUUGGAUUCACUUUACGUAGAAACCACACAGGUGAAGCCGCCAUGUUCUUGCAUUCCUUCUUGCGAUCUCUGCUCUUGUUUGUUUCAGUGGAGCUUGCAAAGGGAAACUUUUGAAUUCGGAUUUCUUCAGUUAAGAUAUACAGUUGAGCAACAACAUAAAUAUAUACGUUGAGUUGAUACUGUUGUUGCCUACAGUUGUUUCUGAUUGCUAGGAUUAUGUUUGAAUUUGUGCAGUCAUCAGAGAUAAGAUACAUAGCACUUCCAGUGUACAACACUGUAUCUUUUUGAAGCUUUGUAAUAUCAAGAAAUAGGUGGCAGCCUAAAGCACUAUUACGUUUGAGAAUAUAGGAGUGUUGUCACAUCCUUGGGAAGUAGUCAGCACUUGGUCCCAGGAACGGGUUGAAGGGAAAAUAGAUGUAAUCUGACAUACCAAGGACCUCACAACUCAAGUCUGCUUUACACAUG